ACGUUCUCCUCGAAAACCUCCGUCUUUAUUCCUUCUUCGCUGCCGCAAUGCUCGCUCGUUCUUCGCUGACCAGAGCGUCCGUCGCUGUCCCCAGCGCCCUCGGGCGGGCACCAGUGGGCGCCCGUAACAUGGCCACGCUCCGAGAAAUCGAGCUGCGCUUGAAAUCCGUGCGCAACAUCGAGAAAAUCACCAAGUCGAUGAAAAUGAUUGCGUCUACCAAGUUGGCGAAGGCGCAGCGCGCCAUGACCUCUGGGAAGGAGUACGGCGUCGCGAACACGGAGGUCUUCAACAACGCGAAGUCUGACCAGCCCGCGGAGAACAAGAUUGUUGUCGUGAUCUCCUCUGACAAGGGUCUUUGCGGUGGUAUUCAUUCGUCUGUCACGAAGGCUACGCGCAAGAUCUUCGCCGCCGCGCCUGACGCCCCGUUGAAGACCGAGCUCGCCCCCGAGACCCCCAUCUUCAUUAUCGGCGACAAGUCGAAGGCGCAGCUCUCGCGCGCACUGCCCAAGAACCUCCGCAUGACCUUCAACCAGAUCGGCAAGGACGUGCCCACGUUCUCUGACGCGUCUGCUGUCACGGACUUGAUCAUCAAGUCCGGCGUUCCUUUCGACUCGGUCAUCAUCGUUUACAACAAGUUCGUCUCUGCUAUCUCGUACGAGGCGGCGGCAGUCGAGGUCAAGGGCGAGAAGGCGCUCAAGGAGGCUGACGGCUUCAAGGCCUACGAGAUGGAGGACGAUGUCACGAAGGACCUUGCCGAGUUCUCGCUUGCCAACGCCAUCUACUCUGCCCUCGUCGAGGCGCACGCGUGCGAGAUCUCUGCUCGUCGCAACGCCAUGGACAACGCGUCCAAGAACGCGACGGACAUGAUCGACACGCUCCAGAUGCAGUACAACCGUGGUCGCCAGGCCGCCAUUACGAACGAGCUGGUCGAUAUCAUCACGGGUGCCAGUGCUCUGUGAUCACCUUCGCUGUCGUGCGUGCUCUACCUAUAUACCGCGCAUUAGAUGUAUUUGCUCGUCGAGCGGUGGAAUGCAGAAUGUGGCAGUGAUUCAUUCCCCUGCGUCGAGGAUUUUGUACUCGAUGAUCUCCCGGCCCCUCCUUGCAUCAUAGUAUGCUCGGGACUGUCGACGGGGUUGCUGCAAAGUGGCAAGUGCUCUUCGAGAGAAGUCGCAUUACCUGGCUUCACCUAUUGGUGAUACAGUAGUCUCUAGUCAGAAGCAAUAUGGUAUGUGCUGGGUACAAG